CACACUUUGUUGCUUGUAAGAUAUACAAAAAUGAGUUCUUCAUCAUGGAAUACAUAAGUACAUCUCCAUUUCUCCGUAGUGUAUUUCUCAGUAGAAUAGAAAUGUAUUUAUUUAAGUGCUAUCAUUUGCAAACACUGCCAACUGCAUAACUUGCGAAUUUUGUGUCAGAAGGAUUUUGACGAGAGUUUGCAGCAUACAUGAAACCUUAAAGUUACGAGUAAUUGCACAAGUAAAAAGUGAUUGAGGGAAUUCACACAGUUCUUGGUAACUUUGUAACGUUUGGAAAAUACCAACUUUUUUAAAAUCUGAGUACGCACAUCAUCUGAGUAAACUUACAAAAAUUUGAUAUUGUCUGUAGUCAUGGAAACUUCCAAAUUACACUCUUGUGCCCCUCUCACCUUAAGUGUUCCCCUCUACACGGUGACAAUUGUUUGGGCAUCACUGAAUUCGGUGUUAAGUUUCUACGACUACCGGAAGUCCCAAUUGUUCCUCAUAAUUCCAUCCGUUUUCAUGUUAUGUCACACCAUCCUGAUUGCCAUGCUAUUUGCCUGUCAUACCUUCCAAACUUCGGCAAAAGGUCUCAUAUCCUAUAUUUACUACCUUAACAUCUACGGAGCUUUGAUUAUCGGGAUCGGGGCUGCCGUAAGUGUUUUUGACGAUCCCAGCAUUCUGUAUCAACCCUUCCCAACAAAUCUCAUGGCAGAUGUUCAGGGAAUCUUGGUUUUAACAGCGCUAUAUUUUGCUAUUGGGAUCAGCAUCAGGUACGAUGAAGGGUUUUACCGACGCAAUACUGCUCCCAAAUUUAUUCUUGAUAAGGACCGCACGGAUAAGGUUUUGUUGCUGCCAACGAGUGACGUAUAGUUGGAUUUGACAAACUACAGUUCAACAUUCGGAAUCGUCAUACUGAAAAAUUAUGUAUCUGUUAUACAGGGUGGUUAAAAUGUCACGCCACAAUGGAAGAUUUUUCAAUGGGAAAACUCUCUAAAUCUCCAUUAGUUACAAGAUUUGGGAUUGAGAUUUUUA